CAAGAGAGAAGAAGAGGUUGAAGAACGCUGGGUAAAGUGGAGAAGAGAUUCUCCUUUCCGCGCAGGAAGGGAAUAGGGAGGGCAAGGCAGUGAAGAGAAGGGAGGCAGGGUGGCUGAGCGUGCACCGACCAUGGGUAGCACUGUGGCAGUCCAUGAGCUGGCUGCGCUCCAGACGCAGCCACGCGCGAUCCGGAACAUUUGUGUGAUGGCACACGUAGAUCAUGGCAAGACGACGCUGUCCGACAGUCUGAUUGCGUCCAACGGUCUCAUUCAUCCCAAGCUGGUGGGCAAACUUCGGUAUCUCGAUUAUCGAGACGAGGAGCAGCUACGCUGCAUCACGAUGAAGAGCAGUUCCAUUUCGCUGCUGUUUAAGCCAAAGAAGAGUGCCGCUGCGGCUGCUGGGGGGUUGAGCCGCAGUGGUGGUGCUAGCCGCCCCGAUCUUCCUGCGUACCUGGUCAAUUUAAUCGAUUCGCCUGGACACGUGGAUUUCUGUAGCGAGGUGUCGACGGCAGCGAGGCUGAGCGACGGGGCAUUGGUGUUGGUGGAUGUUUGCGAAGGAGUGCUGGUGCAGACGCACGCGGUCCUCCGGCAGGCUUGGGAGGAGAGGGUGAAGCCUUGCUUAGUCAUUAAUAAGGUUGACCGUCUCAUCACGGAGCUGAAGAUGACUCCUAUGGAGGCUUACGAGCGAAUGAAGAGUAUAAUUGUGGAGGUGAACGGGAUCAUCAGCGCGUUUCGCUCAGAGAGGUACAUGUCUGACGUGGACAUGAUGGUGGCAGGGAAAGAGGCGGCUGCUGCAGGGAGUGAAGCAGCGAUGGUGGCAGAAGAGGAGGACGAGGAUGAAGAGGACGCCUUUUCUCCCGAGAAAGGGAACGUCGCCUUUACCAGCGCCGUGGAUGGGUGGGGUUUUCGGAUUGAUGAGUUCGCUGGCAUGUACGCGAGUAAACUGGGGGCAAGCGCCGCCUCCUUGCAGAAAGGGCUUUGGGGUGACCGGUACUUUGUGCCAAAGACAAAGAGUAUUGUCGGGAAGAAGGCAGCGGGGGGCAAGUACAAACCCAUGUUCGCUCAAUUUAUUCUGGAACCGUUGUGGAAACUCUACGGUCUGGUGUUCGAUGGGGGAGGGGUGGCGGGGGGUGCUGGGGGCGGCGGCGGUGGUGCUAAAGAAGAGCUUUUGAAAAUUAUCAAGGCGAUGAAUAUCCUCGUCCCCCCUCGGGAGUUGCAACAGAAAGACCCCAAAGCUGUCAUCCAAUCAGUGAUGAGUCGAUGGUUGCCUCUCUCUGAUGCCGUGCUGGCGAUGGCAGUCGAGUGUCUUCCCGACCCUGCAGACGCACAGAAGGAGCGCAGCCGCCGCCUGCUGCCUCUGCGUGCGGAUCCAGACAUUGUGUCUGGAGUUCUGGUGAAGAACGAGGAUGGAGAGGCGGGGGAGGAGGAGGAGGAAAAGCAGAAUAAGGCAAAACGAGAGAGGGCUGUAGCUGAAGCCUAUCGUGCUGUGGAGUGCUGCGAUGCGUCAGAGGAUGCCCCUUGCAUUGUCUUUGUGUCGAAGAUGUUUGCCGUUCCAUUGCACAUGCUACCCACUCGACGAGGUACUCAUGGAGAGAUUCUGAGAGAAGAGCUCCACGAAGAGGACGGGGAGGUGAUCACGCAUGCCAAUGACAACACCCAGGAAUGUUUUCUGGCCUUCGCCAGGGUUUUCAGUGGUGUCCUCCAAGUCGGGCGCAAGAUGCACGUGCUCUCGGCAGCUUAUAAUCCACUGGCAGCUGAUUUGGAGUCUAAUCGACGCCAUCGGCAGGAAGCAGUGCUGUCCGGGCUCUACAUGAUGAUGGGUAGGGGUCUAGAACCUCAAACCUCGGUUCCGGCGGGAAAUGUGGUGGCUAUCCGAGGACUAGGGCAAUGUAUUCUGAAGUAUGCCACUCUCUCCUCCUCUCCUCAUUGUUACCCAUUUACAAGUAUGUUGUUCCAAGCAGCUCCACUGGUGCGGGUCGCGGUGGAGCCUGCUGAUCCUGCAGAGAUGGCUGCGCUUGCGAGAGGCCUUCGCCUUCUCAAUAGGGCAGACCCUUUCAUUGAAGUCCUCGUCUCUUCAACGGGAGAGCACGUCAUUGGUGCAGCUGGAGAGGUGCACCUGGCCACAUGCAUCAAGGACCUUCGGGAGAGGUUUGCCCGCAUUGAGCUUGCAGUUUCUCCGCCGUUGGUAGCUUUUCGGGAGACGAUAGCCAGUGCAGCAACCACCACGACGGGAGCCGGUGGUGGUGGUGGACCUGCUGCUGCAGCCAGCAUGGUCGCGUUUUCAACUGCGUCCGGUGGAGGAGAGAAGGAGAAGGGGGAUAAAAAGCAGUGGGUCGAGGCUGCAACCCCCAAUGGGCGUUGCAAGGUGCGUGUGUGUGUGUCGCGCCUGCCAGAUGCCCUUACUGCUGUGCUGGAUGGUAGCGAAGAAGUUUUGAAAGGUAUUCUUGUUGACGGGGUGAUUGGCUGCAACAGCAACAGCAGUAGCAGCAGCAGCAGAGGAGAGGUUAUUGGUAGGAGUGGCGAGCGCUGUGGUGAUGUGCGUAACACUGAUGAUGAUGAGAAGGGGUCGUCGUCAGAAAGGUCCUUGAUGUCCUCGGUUGCUGCUGGAGGGGGGGGAGGAGGAGGGAUCAGUGCCCGAUUGGAUGAUCCAGUAGGGCUGCUGUGUUCUCGUUUGCUGGCAGCUGUCGGCGCUGAGGAAAAGGACAGCGAUGGUCCUUCUCUCACCUGUCCCAGUGCUCGUAGCAAAGGCAGCAAUGCAACGAUGGGAAGUGGUGGCCAACAGAAGAAAGCGGGAAGCACUGGCCAAGGAGGGGGAGAUGGUGGAGGUUCUUCAACGUCAUGGAAACGUGGUUGGUCUUUCGAUUUGACAAGAAUCUGGGCCUUAGGUCCGCGACGAGUGGGACCAUGCGCGCUGCUUGUGCCCGGUGAUGGCAGAUCUGGUCGCCACUGCAGCAGGUGGAUUGAGGAGGCAAUGGACUUGGGUGCGGUGAUGAUCCGGGGUGUGCCCGAGGUUUCUCUGAAGCUAGGCCUGGUGGAGAAAGGAGAGGAGGAGGAGGAGGAGGAGAUAGAGGGGGUUGGCAGGGCCGUCCUGAUCGCAGAAGCGGAGAGCUUAGAGAACAGUGUAUUGGCAGGAUUCCAGCUUGCUACGUCGGCAGGUCCUCUUUGUGAAGAGCCUAUGUGGGGAUUGGCAUUUACGAUUGAGGCGAUCAUCAUGGCCGCGCCGUUGAGGGAGAAGUCAGCGGCUAUGGCGGAUGAGAAUGGUGCCGGAAUGAUGGCUUCUGCUCCUGCUUCAGGGGUUGAGCAAUAUGGACCUUUCUCUGGCCAAGUCAUGACCACUGUCAAGGAGGCUUGCCGGAUGGCGAUGAUGGGAGCUUCUCCUAGGCUAGUUGAGGCGAUGUAUUUCUGCGAAGUGAACACAUCCUCCGACAUGCUGGGCCAAGCGUACGGUGUGCUGGCUAAACGGCGUGCAAGGAUCAUCAGGGAGGACAUGAGGGAGGGAACCGCAAUGUUCACAAUUCAUGCUUACAUGCCUGUGGCGGAGAGCUUCGGGUUCGCCGAAGAACUGAGGAGGAAAACUUCGGGAGCAGCUAGCCCGCAGCUGGUGUUAAGUCAUUGGGAGGCAAUGGCAGAGGACCCGUUUUUUGUCCCAAGGACAGAGGAGGAAGUCGAGGAGUUUGGAGAUGGCGCUAGCGUGUUGCCGAGUGUGGGAAGAAGGUUCAUGGAUGCAGUGAGGAGAAGGAAAGGGCUUCAUGUUGAGGAGAAGCUUGUCGAAAAGGCCACAAAGCAGCGGACACUCGCGAAGAAGGUGUGACCAAACCAAGUGCGAAAGACGGGGUCAAAUGGAAUCGUUUUCACAUUGACUACGGGGAUGGAUGUUCCUAGGCUUGUCUUCUUCUCCCUUUGUUUGUCUCGAUUACAAGGGGUUGGUGUCACGCGUGUGCGACCGUGCUGCUGUCUCAGGAAGAAGGAAUUGGAGACGAGAGCAGAUGACCACAAGAGGACUGGUGCCAGCUUGGGUGGCCCUUAUCUGGACACAAAUUGUGAGAGGUGUUCCUUGAGGGAAAGACUGAAGAACUGCAAGGCAUCCUCCUCUUCAGUUGCUGUGCGACGCACAAGAAGCAAGGCUGCAUGGGUGGUAACGAUAAAAGCAUUUGGGAGGCCACGUACAUAUCCAAGUAGCUGCUGCAUUGGUGCUGGGAGCAUCAAUUGGCGGUAUUAUGAAGAGCUGGCGAACGCAUCAUACGGAGGUUAACGAAGUGCAAUGAAGACGAGAGGAGCACUUGCCGUGUUGAUUAUGGUACCCAGUUUGGUGAAUAACCCAAUGUGGAAGCAGGAAUGGACAAAAGCAUUGUCGGCGUGGUGAUUGUGAUAGGCCAGAUGAGGAACUGCUAAAUAUGGAAACUGUAAUGUAGGAUAAGGUUGUACUGACCCCAGGAUCAUCAGAAAUGUUUUUUGUUGGUGAUUGCUCGCAUGCUCGCAUUCAUUAGAAUCGUCAAAAUAAUCCUGCAUAUGGGAGAUGAUAAUUGGGCAUGUCUAGGAGGCUUGGCCCUGUAGGAGAGAGGUGUGAAUGGGCUAUGUAAAAGAAAAAAGAGUAGAAAUACCUUGGGAGUUUGUCGUAUAGUUGCGCAGCGCAUUGUGCUGGUUGAAGCCUUUUUAAUAUCCCUUUUUCCUUGAAGGUCUCAUUCGAAUUGUGCACCUCUGGCGCGGCAAUCUGCAUGCAUGCCAGUGGUGGCCUUAUUCUGCUUUUGUCUGCCGCUUGGGCUGGCCUAUUUUUUUUUUCCAGUUGUCUGAUGGUCUGUCUUUCUGAACCUCGGAACUUCCAUGUGUAUGCCAGUCGUCAGCUCAUACUAAAUUUGCCUCUGGUGGAUCUGGUCUGCGUCCAGUUGUCGGAUCGUCUAUCUGUGUCAACCUUGGAGUGUCAUUCUUGUCAUUCUGCACCAGGACUUGUCUGUGUGGCGUGCCCAGAAAGAGGCUAUAAUGACCAGGCGUUCUAUUCGGGUGAAGAUGGUAGGACCUUGUAGAAUGUUGGAUUGUUCUUGUCUGUUUCAUGAGUUCAAUGAUACAAACUUUGCAAGUGGUUGGUUGGUUGGUUUUCCCAGCUGUUUAAUGGACUCGAACGUCGAACAAAAGGUUCAGGUUUUG